UUUAUAUAUGAUUAAAUUUGUUAAGAAUCCCAAUAUCUAUAUCUCAUACACUAUGAACUACUAAUUAACAACUAAUUAUAAUUUUAUAAUAUAUUUUAAUUUAUUUGAUUUUAGUUGUUCUAAAUCCCUUUAAUGUUUAAAAUGUGUUUUUAGUUUCUAUAAAUGUCAACCCUAGCUAGGCGUAGGAUUAUUCAGGAUAUUUCCAGGAUUACUAAGGAUCCUCCUAAAGGCACGAACGCCCUUCCCUUUUCUGACAAUAUGAUGUAUUGCCAUGCUAUAAUAAACGGUUCUGAGGGCACAAUCUGGGAAUGUGGAACUUUUCAUUUAAUCAUAAAGUUUACUGAGGAUUAUCCUACUAAACCUCCUGUUGUUCGGUUUCUUUCUAAAAUGUUUCAUCCAAAUAUUUAUUACGAUGGUUCCAUUUGCUUGGAUAUUUUGCAGAAGCAAUGGACUCCCAUGUAUGAUGUUUCUUCAAUUUUAAUAUCAAUUCAGUCUCUUCUUAAUGAUCCUAAUCCAAUGUCACCUGCCAAUACUGAAGCUUCUGAGAUUUACACUCACGAUUUCUUUUUAUACCAAACUCGUGUUCUUCAGUGUGUAGAGGAUAGUUGGCAUGUUCCUGUUCUUACGGAUUCUUUUCUUGAUUCUCUUUAAUCGCAUAAUGUUUUCUCCUUAUA